CUGAGCCGCGCUGGCUUCGCCCUCCACAUCUGGACCAGCGGGCGGAGGCGGGGAGGGGGCUCUGGAGAGCGAGCGGGGCUGCGGCUCCUUGGCAAGCCCUGAAUGGCUCCGGGAAGGCGCGAGGAGAAAGUAGAAGGCUAGGUUUCACUGUUGUGGAAGAGAGUUUCAAAUUUAGACCAUGCCUGUCCCACCUCCUCCAGCUCCUCCACCUCCUCCGACAUUGGCUCUGGCCAGUACAGAGAAGCCUGUUUUAAACAGGUCAGAGCAAGCAGGGAGAAAUGCUCUUCUGUCCGAUAUUACCAAAGGAAAAAAGCUCAAAAAGGCUGUUACCAAUGAUAGAAGUGCCCCAGUAAUUGAGAAUCCUAAAGGAGGAGGCAGCAGUGGGAACAGCGGUGGCUUUAGUGGUGGCGGUGGUGGCAGCAGCGGUGGUGGCAACAGUAGCUACAGUGGAGGUGGACCGCCUGGCUUAGGAGGCCUCUUCCAGUCAGGGAUGCCAAAACUCAGGUCUACGGCAAACAGAGAUAAUGAUUCUCCAGGGGGCAGAGGUCCAGUUUUUCCACCCGGAGGAAGAGUGACAUUGGCAAAGCCCUUUUCACCCUCAGGCGGUGUAGGGAGAUUUCCAGGGCCUUCUGUUGGGCAAAGAACUCCAACUCCAGAGCCACAAAGAAAUCGAAUGCCUCCCCCAAGGCCCGAUGCCAGUUGUAAGCCUGACGCAGCUGUCCCUCCUGUGCCAAAUACUCCGAGACCUGUCCCAUCAAGUCUGUACAAUAGAGGGCCGCCUCCUGUGCCAGCAACAUCUAGGCAAGCCAGUUUAGGGCUUACGCCACCACCUUUCCCAGGAAAUAGAAGUGUAGGAUUGGGAGGAAAUGUUCGCCAGUCAACACCAGGUGGUUAUUCUCCUUUUGCAAACCGUCCGCCUCUUCCUCCCACACCAGGCAGGGUGGCAGAAGAUAAGCCACCUCCACCACCACCACCAGCAGUGAACAGGCCACCUCUUAAUAGAGAGCCUUCCUUGCCACCUCCUCCACCUCAAAACAGCAAGCCUCCGGUACCUUCCACACCUCGGCCAUCUUUUGCCUCACAAGCUCCCCCUCCCCCUCCUCCUCCAAGUCGGCCAGGCCCACCUCCGGUUCCACCAACAGCCAGCGGAAAUGACGAAAUGCCACGACUUCCUCAAAGGAAUUCAUCUCUAGCCUUUCCUUCUCCACCAAGCUUGCCAGGCUCUGUCCGUUCCGGACCUCUUCCACCCCCACCGAACGAGAGGCCGCCACCUCCUGUAAGAGACCCGCCCAGUAGAUCAGGACCCUUUCCUCCUCCACCACCACCAAUCAGCAGAAAUGGUAGCACUUCACGGGCAUUGCCGACUACUCCACAGUUACCUUCCCGAGGAGCAUUUGAUAAACACCGAAGUGGACCAGUGCCGCCACCCCCUCCUGACAGGCCUGGGGGCGGACCGGCACCUCCCCCUCCGCCUCCCCCUCCAUCAUCAGCUCUCCGAAACGGGUUCCAGGAUUCUUCACAUGACGAUGAGUGGGAGAGCCGGUUUUCCUUCCAUCCUCUGUCUGACUUGCCACCUCCAGAGCCAUACACGCCCACAAACAAAAGCUACCCCAGUAAACUGGCAAGAAACGACAACAGAAGUGGAUCCAGCCGCAGAGAAAGAGGCGCCCCUCCUCUUCCACCUAUUCCGAGGUGAAGUGGGACCUUCCGGAUGACUGUUCUCAAACAUCUCUUGAGCCUCUCCUUGCAUUUAUUGUUUUGUCAGAAGACCACCUCUCCAAAAGCAUUUUUUCCCCUCUGGCAAGAAAUCCCUACUGCAUUUUAGAAUUUCAAAAUGAGACUGGCAGCAUCCAGGUCCAAGCUUAUUCCUUUUUCAUUCCCACUGAGUUUAAAUGAGACUGAAAGCGCUUGCUGUAGAUUUCCACAUUCAUUUGCCAACUGUAGAUUCACGGACUGUGAUCUUUAACCCAGUUUUCUUGGCAUUUUUUAUAUCUAGAGCAAUGGAGCCUGGCUCUAAUCAGGUGCUUAUGAUAAGGGGAAUAGACAAUAUUCCCUUGCAAAGUUCCAAAAGACAUAAUGUAAAUCUGCGCACUCAAGAGUCCAAUCUUGUUCAUAGGGUCUGCGGCAUCAUUGAAAGUGAGAUGGUCACCUAGUCUAUUUUUUUUUCUCAAGGACCAGUAACAUUGCAAAGUAUGAGAGUCUGUAUUGCAUAUGGCCAGAAACAGGUGUGAUCAAUUUCUCCUGGAGUUCUCCCAGAGAACAACACCCUUUAUUUUUUCCAAUGUGCACUAAAAAUGGCUCAUCAUGUGCUCCUACAUUGCAGCGUGGCUCAGCUUGCCUAUCGGUUGGAUCAUAUCAGUGCUAUGAUGGUAAAGCUACAUGGCAUGGAAGUCUAUGCAUUCCAUCCUUGGAGAAAGAAAAGGAGACAAUUCCAUGUCCUUACUCUUCUCUCAAGCAAACUACCAAAUCUGGAAUGAAUUCCAGCCUUUCAGAGACCAAAGGAAAGAGUUGCUGGGAUCACACGGGCAGCAGCUUUCGUAAACCCACCGGAAAUUCCUGUGCGCUGUUCUAGAUUGAGGUGCUAAGAAAAAAGAACCAAGGUUUCUGAGCAAAUAUCCCAAGGUGGAUGAAGAACAGUGGGUGAACUUAUGUGCACGCACCAUUUUCCUCUGUGAUCCAGCAACUUGUUGUGUGUGGAGAGCCCUUAAAACACACCACACAUUAAAAAACCUGACAGCUGUCUGCUUAGCAUUUGCUCUUUUUCCGUCAUACAACUGGGAUUUUAGUUUUCAACCAAGAAUUUUACCCAUACACCCCAGGCAGCUUUGUAUGUCCUCCGUUGGACUGGGCGUUGGAAUAUAAUAGUUCUAAUGUGAUUUCAUGGAGGCUGAUUCCUUGCUUUGCUAAUGGUAAUGCAAUUCAAUUAUCUUUUCCCUCUGCAGUGUCUCUUACACGUGGCUCUUAAUAUUCUGCAUAGUGGUUUACUGCGAUGCAGUCUCCUUUGAACAGCGCUAGAAAAAAAUACACCCCCCCCCCUAAAGUUAGCAAAUACUUAUCUUGUUACUUAGAAGUCUCUCUUCCCUCACUUGGUUCAUCUCUCAAUAUAGUUGAAAACUGUUAUAAAGGGGUUUUUUUUUUUUGCUUUGGUUUUUGUGCGGCAUCAUCAAGCAUCCAGAUACAAGUAGAAUGUGUCCGAAGGCCAGGCACAUUCCAUUGCGGUACAAACUCUCACUUCAGUUCUUUUUUGGGUGCAAAACUGGCUAGUUUUGAACACUGACUUUCCUCUUAUUAUUUGCUUUCAAAGAACUGCCCCCUCCCAUGAAAAGCUAUAUAAAGUAUUUCUGGGUUACACAGGGCUUUUUUUCAGCUGGAACACGGUGGAACGGAGUUCCGGAACCUCUUGAAAAUGGUCAAAUGGCUGGUGGCCCUGCCGCCUGAUCUCCAGACAGAGGGGAGUUUAGAUUAUGCGCCGCUGGAGCGGCACGGAGGGCGAUCUAAACUCCCCUCUGUCUGGAGAUCAGGGGGCGGGGCCACCAGCCAUGUGACCGUUUUCACCAAGGGUGAUUUAAACAAAGUGCGCGCACAUGUGAUGCCAGGCACACCACCUCCCGUCAAGAGUUGCCCCCCUAUGCUGGCAACCCACUGAGUUCCACCAUCUCUUUUCCUAGGAAAAAAGCCCUGGGGUUACACAUUUUUGGCAUUGUGAUAGAGAGUAACUGUGUUAAACUUUCCAACCAGUCUUCAGUUCAUUCAGUUUUGGUCCAGCUGAUAUGGCUUAUUUGGCAAGAGAAAGGGAACCUUACGAGGGCUGUGGUGGUUGUUUGGUAUAUGCCUGAAUAGAAUUACUACUUAGGUAACAAAGUUCUCAGGACUCAUUACAGAGGAACAUCUUUCCCAUAUUGUUUGCCUUUUUUAGUAUGCAUAUUGGAGGCAACAGGGAUGCCCUUCCUGCUGAAAUCUUGAAGAGAGAACAGUGGAAAAAGAAGAAUUGGGGGAUGGAAUAUAUUAUCUAGAGUGUGUGUUGGGAAAGAACAGUAAUUUAGAGAUGCCCAUGAAAAUGUCUUAACUUUUGGGGAAAGGGAAUUCAGAAAUACUUGCAGGGGUGCUUUGUAUGAGUGACCGAUGGCUGUGCUUUAGACCAGAGAUAAAUACCCUUUUUGGCCUAAGUGCUGAAAGAAAACUCAGCAUCUACCUGUGAAGAUGUUGGUGUGCUGGAAAACAAAAGGUAUUUUAUGGGAGGGGGUGGAGAGAUGAGGGUUGUACAUACAGAAUAGGCUGAGCCCUAGUGUUACCGCCAACACAUCCAGGACUUGCCAGGCUAGCCACUGAGGGCCAAGCUACAAGUGAUGAGUGACACUUGAACGGCAAGUAAAUAGACUCACGUAUAUUCCUCCCUGUUCACUUGCGCUCCACUUGAUCACUUGUAGCUUGGCUCCGAGAACCAAGCUACAAGUGAUGAAUUACACUUGCCAGGCAAGUGUAAUUCGUCACUUGUAGCUUGGCUCUGAGACACAAUGACAGCCACAAAGCAUUGCCUUCUUUUUGGCUGUCAUUUCCAGUGCUACUUGUUUGCACCAUGAGGGAUUCACCUUGGUUGCUUGAGUGGAGCACCAGCCGUGUCCUGAGAUAAAUGGUCUGGGGUGUCUCUGUUUGGCUUGCGUCCCAGAGGUUGACCCAUGCUUUUAGACCUUGUGUGUUCCCAUAGAUAAAUUCAAAGCAAGUUGGAACUUUGUAUGUAGAGAAGAUGAGGAGGGGUGGAUUAGCCUAGUGUUUUCAGUAUAUAGGGACACAAAUGCAUGUAUAAAAGCUUUUUGCGACUAAUUUUGAUUUAAAAAUUGUUGCUGGCUGGCUGUUUAGAGAGUCUAAUGUAGAAAUGUGUUCCAUGGGCUCGCUCUGAGGAUGGAACUAGUACAGAAGAUUGACAUUCAGGUACCCAAAGAUUCUGCUCACUCAGAUUUUAAUGAAAGAACAGAUUUGAUCAGUACAGCGACCCCGCUUAGGAUUGUGCAUAGCUUCUAAAAAUAUUUUUAUUUUGUGGUUCUUCUGCAAUGUGGUUCUUUUGCAAUGUGCUUAAAUAAGCAUGGCACCCAGUAUUAACAUUUCCAGUUUUUGGUCCAGUCACUUUUGUGUGUGUUUGUGCUUUUUAAAAAAGAACAUAGCAAGAUUUUAAAAAAAAAAUCAAUAAAUUACUACUUGAAUUUUGUUGAGACUGGAGCACUUAAAAGCUUUCUGAAGAGUAAAUAAAGUUCAAGUAUUUAGAGUGGAGAUUUUUUUUUCUUAAAAUAUGCUCUAGCAGCUGUACCGUUUUGUGCAAGUUGCUUAAGAGAAAAAUUCUGUUUUUGAAUGCAUCAGUGAAGACAGCGGGAAGGAAUCGGGGGUCCUUUUCGCUUCAGGUGGUAAUGCUGCCACUUUACCACUAUGGUCUGCACGGUAUAAUACAGAAACGGUGGAAAUGUAGAUGGUAGACUGGACUAUUUUGCCACUUCAGACUGCAAAUGAGGGAUAGUGUUUGCAAUCCAGCAGUUCCCUGGAAGUAAGCCUCGCCGAAUAAAAUGGGACUUACUUCUGAGAAGACCAACUUCAUUACGAGUGCUUCCUGCACGUUUCAAAGUUCUAGAGUUGUCAUUCUCUGUAUGAAGGAAAUCUUGAUACCGCAUACCAGAACCCCUCGGCCUCUUUUUAUUUGCCAGAGUUUUAAUAUUUUACAAUGCCGCUUUCCCCACAUGCUGUCUGGAGGGGUACAGCCCGUUCUAUUACAUUAGAAUUUUACCAACAUAUGUAGACCAUGUUUCUAUUGAGGUUCUCUUGCAUAAUAACUGAAUCUCAAUAGAAACAUGGUCUACAUAUGUUGGUAAAAUUCAGUUAUGCAAGAGAACCUUUUGACAAAUUCCAGGCAUUCUCAAGGAGAUACGCCUUUUCUUAUCUGUUUCUUCCCUCGUUGCUGCCGCCAUUGGGGCAGCUCUUCGGUGAGUCAAGUUAUGAAGCUGUGUUCUUCAGCCAGGCAGCUGGAACGUCUUGACAAGGAGAGGAAUGGGCAACUGUGAAGGGCAAAGGAAAAAGUGGGACAGAAAGGACAUGUACAGUUAACCGUGCUGGUGAAACGUUCACUCCUGUGGCAUUUGGAAAAUCAGAUUUGAUUUUCUUUUCCAAUGUCUAUUGGCAAUAUUAUUGGGGACUUUAAUUCCAGUGCAAUAUUAUCUGAAAUUCUAACCAAAGCCUUAGCUUAGAAUGUCACGUGGCCUUCAAAGAGUGAAGCGACAAGCGUCCCUCUUUUCCUCAGAGGAUAACUUUUUAGCACUUUCUCUGCUAUAGGAAACUUCCUCAAAGUACAUGUUAAACAUUGUCAGAAAAAAAUUCAGAGGAGAAAAGGAAAAUAGGACCUGUUUACAUUGGGGUAGUAUAAAGCAUAUCUUUCAUUUUUUUCCUUUCACUAGAUAUAUUUUUAAAAAUCAUUUUACAUUCAUCAUAUCAUUUUAUUACAGAUAUUUAGAUUAAGUAUUUAUUUUAUUAUGCACAACAUUCAAGCAGCAGAAAGCAAAAUGGUUUCUUCUCAGUGGUGCCUUAUUACUUUAUAAAAUGUCCAAAUGGCUAGUUUUGUUUAACAAAAUGGUUCUUGUAUAUGCUUCCCCCACAGCAUCCCUCAGUUUCAGAUAUCAAAUUAACACUUACUAUAUGAUAUGUGGUAUAUGAAAUAUUCCUUAGAGCUACAGUAUUUUCCAACCUUUUGCCAUCUAAAUAUUAUAUAGAAGUGUUACGGAUUUCAGGAGGAGUGCCAGAUUGCAAUUUUGGUCAUGCUGUAUUGAAGCUAGGGUUUUUUGUUUUGGUUCUAUCAGUGGAACUUUCAAAUGAAUGAUUUCAGAGGAAGGUCUUUAUUUUUACAACCUACCCAUGAGGGUUUUUUUUAAAAAAAUGUGUAUGAAUGGAACAGAUUGUGAGUUUAGAAAGCAAUCAUUUCCAAUGUGUAAUGAAUAAAACCUCUCUUCAUGAGAUUGCACACGUGUAUUAGAGUGCAGAAUGUCCAUACUGUAAGUAAGAUUGCAUCUAUUGACUUUGCAUUGGAUUUACGAACAUGCACAUAGUAGAGAAUCUGUUAUGUUAUCACUGUGACUCACUUGUGAGGAAAAAAAAAUAUGACGGAUGAAAAUCAUGUCUGUCCAAAGCAACAAUUAAAAUUUAAACAAAUGUUUGUGAAA